AUGGCCCCAAAAAAAAACAAAAAAAACUAAGACGAUGACGAACUAGAUAGAAAGUUCGAAUAAAAAUAGGCUUUGUUGAAUCAAAAUUAGUAGAAAUUAAAUUAGGAAAAUGAUGAGCUUGAAGAAGAUCUAACAUAAAAAAAGAAUAUUUUUGAACAGAUUAAGCAAAUCAAUAAUGACACUUAAAAUCAAAAAAAAAAGAAGGAAAAACAACAAAAAGAAUAAUAAUAACAAUAAUAGCCUAGCCAACAAGAAAAGACUAAAGAAUAGCCUAAAAAGAAAUAAUAAUAAGAAAAGAAAAUUCAAAAAGAAGAAAAAGAAGAAGAGGAAAAUUAUUAAUAGGAAGAUUUAGAUGAUUCUGAUUAAGAAGAGAUAGAAUAAGAAAACUUGAGUGAUAGUGAUUCUGAAAAUGAACAGAAGUAGGAUCAAAAAAAAGAAUCAGAAACAGCAAAAAAAGAAAAAGUAGAUAAAAAGAAGUUAAAAAAAGAGAAGGAAGCAGCUGAAAAAGAAAAAAAGGCAGCUAGAAAAGAAAAAUAGAAAGAUGAACCAGAUUAGGAAUUAUUUAAAUCAAAUCCUAAAGAUGAAAGUUAUUGUGAUCCCUUAGUAGUUAUUUUCUUUGUAGCAACCCUAGCUUUAAUGUUUGUAUUUAAGUACUAUGGAGAUAACUAUAGAAGAUAUUCUUAUUAAGAGACUUCUGAUAAUCUUUAUGGAAUUUUAGAAGUAGAAUCUAGUGCAUCUGCAUAAGAAAUCAAAAAUUCAUAUAAGAGAUUAGCUAAUAUAUGGCAUCCUGAUAAAAACCCUAAUUGUGGUGAAUCUUGCAUUGAUAAAUUCUACAAAAUCACAGAAGCUUGGAAGGUUUUAGGAAAUGCACAAAAGAGAGAAAACUAUGAUUCUACUAAUGGUGUUUUGUAGUAGAUUAAGAGUAAAGCUAUUACUUUGAAUGAAUACAAUUAUGAUUAAUUGGUAAUGCAAAGUACUGAUGUUUGGAUUAUAUAAAUAUAUAUGAAUGGCGAUGAUUCUUGCAAGAGAAUGUCUCCUUUCUGGGAAACUAUUAUUAAUACAUAUGGACAUAUUGUGAAAUUCGGUAGAGUAAACGCUGAAAUUGACUACAAAUUAGUCCAAAGACUUCCAAUUCCUUCCCGUAUAUUCCCCACAAUAUUUUCGUUCUCUCACUAUGAUUCUCCUUAAUUAGCUACUUUUAGUUCUUACAAUAUUGAAGCUGAAUUAGCUAAGUUUGUGUAGAAAUCAGUUAUUAGCAAAUUGAUAUAAAUAAAACAAGAAUAGGCAUCAUAAUUAUACAAAGAAAUGUCAAAAUUUGAGCCAAACAAAAAGAUUGACAUUGUUUAUCUAUUUUAGCUUGAUAGAAUUCCUAUUGAAUUCAAAUAUGCUGCUUUACAAAAUUACAAAGAGUUUAACUUUUAUACAAAUGCUUAUGGCCAAUCUAGCAGCAUAUAAUCAUCCUUCUAAACAAGUAAGAAUUUCAUAGUUUUCAUCAACGAUGAAGAAAAACAAGUGAGAAAUAAAUAUGAAUUUGAAUUUGGAAGAAAGUUUAAUGCCGAAAAAUUCUAUAAAAUAUUGAACUAUUUGAACUUCAGAGCUACUCCUGAGAUUUCAAAGGAGAAUUUCAAGUAUUAUUGCAAGAAUUAACAAACUAGAUUAGACGAAGAAUCAGAAUUUGAAAAUGAUUACCAAACUUUAUGCAUCUUUUUAUUUAAGCAAUCUCCUUAUUUUGAUAAAUUUUUGGAAUCUGCUAACAAAUACAGAAAAUAAUACAAAUCUCAGUCAAUCGAAAAGUUCACUUCAGGGGAAAGAAUAUUUGAUAAUUUCCACAAUAUCUAAUUUGUAGUCAUUGAUUUAAAUAAGCACUGGAAAUUCAGAAACACUUUAGAAGCUUAUCUCUAAGAUCCUAAACAUAACCAUCCUCUUAAAUAACUCCAUGCUGCUGCAUUCCUUGAAGAAAACAAGAAAAUUGCCCUUCUCAAUAACAUCAAUGAAUUCGAUGAUUGGAUCCUUGAUCUCCAAGAUAAUAUAGUUGAUUUUGAAUAUCUAAAUGACUAUUUAUCCUCUCAAGAUGAAUCUUCUCUAUUUUAAUUCUCUCAAGACACUCCUUUGAAGAUGCUUUUAAGAAGCUUGAAAAAUAAUGCCAUUGAUUACAAGACUGUCAUGACUGUUAUCCUUGGAUUUGUUGCAUUACUUUUCAAAUAUAAUGCCCAUAUUGCUCUUUACUCUACCAUAACUCUUCUGUUUGUUUCAGUUACUUCCUUAAGUAUAUUUGAAACUUAUGAAGAGUUUUUAUACCAAAAAUGA